AUGGCAUCAGCUUUGAACAACAACGCGGCCCAAGCUGUACCAUCAACUGAGCUUCCAAACAAACAAGACAACAUCCUUAGACAGCUCAAUCCGCACCUUUCUGUUGACGAAGUCGAUAUUCUGUACCAUCUCGCUGUCGAUACAUCAGACUUGGAAGCGAUCAGAAGAAAAUACGGCGAUGUCAAGUUUGUCUGCAUGGGAGGAUCUCGUGGGAGAGUCGAGAACUUCGCCAGACAAGCGUAUGAAGCGAUGAGUGGUUAUUAUUCAAUGCCUCCAGAUGCGCAUACAAACGACAUUGCCAGGCGAGCAGGUCGUUUCGUCAUGUACAAAGUAGGGCCAGUCCUGACCUUGAAUCAUGGGAUGGGUUUCGGCUCCCUCAACAUCGCUCUUCAUGAAGUGGCCAAGCUUCUGCGAUACGCAGGCGCAACUGAUUUUUCUUUCAUUCGAAUGGGCACUUCUGGGGGACUCGGUGCUGAACCAGGAACGGUAAUUAUUACGAAAGAAGGGUACGAUGCUACUUGUGAGCCAGGAUACGAAGUGGUUUCUUGUGGCAAGAAAGUAAGAUACGAAGCGAAAGCGGAUGAAAAACUCAAUCAAGAGUUCAUCCAGGCCGCUGAGGACCUCUCCAUCGACUACCAAAUUGGCAAUACCAUGGGCUGCGAUGACUUUUACGAAGCGCAGUGUCGACUGGACGGUGCUCUCUGCGAUUACACACUCAAAGACAAGUUCGACUUCAUCCGCCGCGCCAACAAAGAAGCGGGUGUUUUCAACAUGGAAAUGGAGGCAAAUGUAUUCUUGUCAUUCUGUAACAGGGCAAAAAUUCCAGGCGCCGUGGUUUGCUGCUCUAUCGUCAAUCGCUUGAAAGGCGAUCAAAUCACCUCUACAAAGGAGGAACUGAAGUCGUUUGAGCAACACCCCCUCCAGUUGAUCUUGCAAGUUGUGAAGAAUCGAGUUGUCGACGGAGCCAAGAAGGAGCUCAAGAAUGAAUAG